AUGGACGCUUUGUUGUCGUCUCAACUGCCUGCACUGGUUAUUGGCAGUGUCGUUCUCUUCCUCGGGGCCUAUCUAUUCUACUUAUGGCUUUUGCCAAAGCCCAUCCCGGGCAUACCAUACAAUGCGAAGGCCACGAGAUCACUCUUUGGGGACAUACCAGAUAUGCUUGAUCAUCUCGAUCGCAACAAGACGUUACCUGACUGGAUGGAAGCACAAAACGCCAGAUACAACUCUCCCAUCGUGCAGCUCUUUUUUUAUGUGUUUCAAAAGCCGGUAGUGGUCAUCUCAGACUUCAAGGAGUCGCAGGACAUCCUAAUGCGCAGAAGCAAGGAGUUCGACAAACCUGACAUGAUCAGCGAUGCGUUCUACGGUAUCGUCCGCGACCAUCACACGCUACUGAAGUCUGGGGACGAGAAGUUCAAGUCGCAGCGAAAGUGGCUCCAGGACCUGAUGUCGCAAACCUUUCUGCACGGAGUUGCUGGACCCCAUCUUCACAAGACGUUCAUGGAGUUGGUACAGAUGUGGCAGGAAAAGAUGCGGCUAGCUGGCCCAGAAGGCUGUCCGUACUCGGUGAAGACCGACAUUGCUCACUCGGCACUUGAAGCCAUAUGGGCGGCCAUGUUUGGUACAGGAGAGACUGCUACGAUUACCAUGAAGCAGAUCGACUUGCUGUCUUCGAUAGAACCCGGAUCCAUCAAAGCGUCUUCAGAUGGAGCGCUCCAAAUACCACAAGCAGAUCGGGCGCCAACUUUCGAUGCCAUAUUGAGGCUGACCCACACAUUUGAAGGUGUUGUCCAAUCUGUAUCCCCGCGUAUCUAUGGCUGGUUCUUGCCGUACCGGUUCCCCAAGCUGGUUAAAUUGAAAGACCAAUUGAUCAUCGAUGAGAUCAACAAGGCUCAGCGAAGAAUGCACGAUAUCAAUGGCGAGCAAGGCAAAGUGUUCAACGCGGUGGAUCACAUGCUCUACAGGGAGAAACAGCAGGCGACAAAGGAAGGCAGGAAGCCUCAAUACUACUCCAAAGCUAUGAUUGCCGAAAUAUUCGGUCUCCUUAUCGCUGGCCACGACACAACCUCCACCACGCUGAUGUGGAUCAUGAAGCUGCUCACCGGCCAUCCCACGAUCCAAUCCAAACUCCGCGCCGAGCUGCGAGCCUCCUACUCCGCAGCACACGCAGAAGCCCGCGUCCCGACCGCCCAAGAAAUCACAAACACGCCCGUCCACUACCUCGAUGCUUGUCUCGAAGAGCUGCUGCGCUGCGCGCAGACCGCCUCCAUCCCCUCCCGAACCACGACGACCGACGCCGUCGUCCUGGGCAGCGUCAUCCCAAAGGGAACCAGAGUCGUCCUGCUCGGCUGCGGCGGCGGCAUCAUGAAGCCGUCCUACCCCGUAGCCGACUCGCUCCGCUCAACCACCUACCACAACGCAAGCGGCGGCAAGACCGCAGCGUGGGACGAGUCGAACGCAGCGCAGCUAGCAGCGUUGAACCCCGACCGCUGGCUCCGAAGCCGCGCAGACGGCAGCAGAGUCUUCGAUGCCGCGCUCGGCCCGCACCUGAGCUUUGGCGCGGGCCCGCGCGGCUGCUUCGGGCGCAAGCUGGCGUCUCUCGAGCUGCGCAUCGCGCUGGUGUUGAUCCUGUGGCAUUUCGAAAUGCUCGACUUGCCCGCUCACCUCGAUACCUAUGCAGCCGUUGAUCAGCUUACGUGCGUCCCGGUCCAGUGCUACGCGAGACUUGCUCGCGCGGGAUGA